UUAGGAUUAGAACUGCGGUCAGAUUAGCGGUACGAUCGGGAUUAGGAUUAGACAUUUAUUUAUUAAAAAAAAAAAAGAUGAGUAAUGUCGCUGUGAGAAAUCAAAGAACACGUGUGAGAGAGUGAGUGAGAGAGGGUAGAACAAACACUGACACGAGAGAGAGAGCUGAUCCUCGGUCAGUGUGUGAGGGAACAGUCGAAGGAGAGACACACACACACUCUCUCACUCUCUCUCACUCUCUCUCUCUCUCUCUCACUCUCUCUCUCCCUCGUCUUGCUCUGGCGCUGACAAAGAGCUCAGAGAGCCGAGGAGAACGUGGAAGGAAGAAUGAGGAAGAACUCCGCUCUCCUGCUCCAGCUCCAGCUCCAGCUCCAGCUCCAGCUCCAGCUCCAGCUCCAGCCCCAGCUCCUGCUCCAGCUCCUGCUCUCCAGCGUCUCGCCUCAGCCGAUGCGGGUUUGCUGAUGAGGCGCCGCUCCGGUCACCCGAUCAUACAGGUCGUUCGGGUCGAGCUGCGUGGAAACGAGGAGUCGGCAACAACAGCCGGCAACAAAUAAACAGAAAGAGGAAGACGAAGAAAGAAAAAGAAAAAAAAAACAUUCCGUGCAUGGGAAUCCGGACUCCUCACCCCUCCUCCUGCGCGUCUCGGUCGGUGGAUGCGCCGUCUUGGCUGGUGUAUAAGAGCUCCCUGCGUCUCCAUUACCAUUCCCUACUACUGCUGGCGGUCCUCUGCGACUACACCUCCUCCUCCUCCACCUCCUCCUCCUCCUUCUCCAGCUCCUCCGGCUCCUCUUCUACUUCUUCUUCUUCCUGCUACUUGCACCGCAAUCAGUGAAGCUCUGAAGUUCUGCUUCUAGGAACCGGUUCUCUCUCUCUCUCCAGGUUCGGGACUCUGUGAGAAUAAAAAAGGUUGAAGGUUCCCGUUAAUCGUCACCUGGAGGUUCUGACCAGGACGUCACCAUGGGUUGCAGGGAUCGCUCCUCCCUCUUCUCCCCUGUCCUGAGGCUAACGGUCAUCGCAGCGAUUCUUCUCAUCAAGGUCCAACCCUCAGUGGCCGGUGCCCCCCCUGAUGCUAACCUGGGUAGCUCUGUUUCAGCAGUGUCCACCAACAAAACAGAGUGCAGCAAGCCAGAGGAGUGUGCAAGGGGUGUGAUCCUCCCCAUCUGGGAGCCCCCGAACCCGUCGUUUGGUGACAAAGUCGCCCGGGCCACGGUCUACUUUGUGGCUCUGGUCUACAUGUUCUUGGGUGUGUCUAUUAUCGCUGACCGCUUCAUGGCAUCUAUAGAGGUGAUCACAUCACAGGAAAAGGAAAUCACCAUCAAGAAGCCCAACGGAGAGACCACCACCACCACGGUCAGGAUCUGGAACGAGACCGUCUCCAAUCUUACGCUCAUGGCCCUGGGCUCCUCUGCUCCUGAAAUCCUGCUCUCUGUCAUCGAGGUCAUGGGUCACGGCUUCGAAGCCGGAACGCUGGGCCCUUCCACCAUUGUGGGCUCUGCUGCUUUCAACAUGUUUGUCAUCAUUGGGAUUUGUGUGUACGUUGUCCCCGAUGGUGAGACGAGGAAGGUCAAGCACUUGCGUGUCUUCUUCGUCACGGCCACCUGGAGUAUCUUCGCCUAUAUUUGGCUCUACCUCAUCCUGUCUGUGAUCUCACCUGGUGUGGUGCAGGUGUGGGAGGGGCUUCUCACCUUCUUCUUCUUCCCCAUCUGUGUGGUGUUCGCCUGGGUGGCUGACCGCCGCCUGCUCUUCUACAAGUAUGUGUACAAGCGCUACCGCACUGGCAAGCAACGUGGCAUGAUCAUUGAGACGGAGGGCGAUCGCCCACUUCCUCCAAAGGUGGAUAUUGAGAUGGAUGGGAAGAUGCUGAACUCCCAUGGUGUUGACUUCCUGGAUGGUCCUUUGGGUUUGGAUCUGGAUGAGAAAGAUCUGGACGAGGAGGAGACCCGCAGAGACAUGGCCAAGAUCCUGAAGGAACUCAAACAGAAACAUCCGGACAAAGAGGUGGAACAACUUAUCGAACUUGCCAACUACCAAGUCUUGAGUCAGCAGCAGAAGAGUCGUGCCUUCUACCGCUGCCAGGCCACCAGACUGAUGACCGGCGCCGGGAACAUUUUGAAAAAACAUGCAGCCGAUCAGGCCCGGAAGGCCGUCAGCAUGCACGAGGUCCGCUCAGAUACCGGCGAGAACGACCCCAUCUCCAAGAUCUUCUUUGAGCCUGGCUCCUACCAGUGCCUUGAGAACUGCGGCACGGUGGCGGUGAAUGUGAUACGCCGUGGCGGUGACCUGGGCAAAACCAUUUCUGUGGAGUAUCGGACGGAGGACGGAACUGCCAAUGCCGGCUCCGACUACGAGUUCACAGAGGGCGUAGUUGUUUUCAAGCCUGGUGAGACCAUGAAGGAGGUUCGUGUUGGGAUCAUCGACGACGACAUCUUUGAGGAGGACGAAAACUUCUUGAUCCACCUUUCCAGCGUUAAGGUGUUGACCUCAGAGGGCGAGGAACCAGAGGAAGGAGAGUCAGCCAAUCACGUGGACUCUGUGGCCUGCCUGGGCUUACCAUCCACAGCGACCGUCACCAUCUUUGAUGAUGACCAUGCAGGUAUCUUUACCUUUGAGGAGCCGGUGUGCCACGUGAGCGAGAGCGUCGGCACCAUGGAGGUGAAGGUGUUGAGAACGUCCGGGGCUCGCGGCGUAGUCAUGCUGCCGUACAAAACAAUAGAGGGAUCAGCACGCGGCAACGGAGAGGACUUCGAAGACACUCACGGAAUCCUGGAAUUCCAGAACGAUGAGAUCUUUAAAACCAUCAAGGUGAAGGUAAUUGACGACGAGGAGUACGAGAAGAACAAGACCUUCUACAUAGAGAUCGGGGAGCCACGCCUGGUGGAGAACAACGAAACCAAAGGUCAGGAAGGUCAAGAGGAACAGACGCAGCAGAAGGAGGUGGAGGAGGAAGAGGAGGCGCUGACAGGAAAGGAUGAAGAGGAGCGACGCAUCGCCGAGAUGGGACGGCCCAUGUUGGGAGACCACGUCAAACUGGAGGUCAUCAUCGAGGAGUCGUACGAGUUCAAGAACACAGUGGACAAGUUGAUAAAGAAAACCAACCUGGCUCUGCUGGUUGGAACCAACAGCUGGAGAGACCAGUUCAUCGAAGCCAUCACUGUGAGCGCAGGUGAAGAUGACGACGACGAGGAGUGCGGUGAAGAGAAGCUGCCGUCCUGCUUCGACUACGUCAUGCACUUCCUCACCGUCUUCUGGAAAGUUCUGUUCGCCUUCGUCCCGCCCACAGACUACUGGAACGGCUGGGCCUGUUUCGUCGUCUCCAUCUGCAUGAUUGGUCUGCUCACCGCCGUCAUCGGUGACCUGGCCUCCCACUUCGGCUGCACAGUCGGCCUGAAGGACUCGGUGACCGCGGUCGUAUUCGUUGCGUUGGGAACCUCUGUACCAGACACCUUUGCCAGUAAAGUGGCUGCCAUCCAGGAUCAGUACGCCGACGCAUCCAUUGGUAAUGUGACGGGAUCCAAUGCUGUCAACGUUUUCCUGGGUAUCGGGGUGGCGUGGUCCAUUGCCGCCAUCUACCACCAGAGCAAGGGGGAGGAGUUCAGAGUGGACCCGGGAACACUGGCCUUCUCGGUCACUCUCUUCACCAUCUUCGCCUUCGUCUCCGUCGGCGUACUGAUGUACCGACGGAAGCCGGAGAUCGGGGGGGAGCUGGGUGGUCCUCGGACUGCCAAGGUUCUGACCACCAUGCUGUUCGUCAGCCUGUGGCUCCUCUACAUCCUCUUCUCCUCACUGGAGGCCUACUGUCACAUCCAGGGCUUCUAAGACGUCGGGAGACGACGAGGCCCGACGGCCACGACAGAAAGAAUGUGGAAGAAGAAGAAGAAGAAGAUGAUGAUGAAGAAGAUGAAGAGACGGAGGGGAGGUGAGUCAGAAAGUGAGACAGUCUGGUUGAUCAAUCGCUCCCUCCCUUUUACGCAAUAGAUUGAAUGAUGGAUGAAUGCAUUAGAUGUACAUACAGAGGAGUGGAGGACGCAUCAAAGCAAUUUUAAACACAGCGGAAAGAAGUUCUGGAUACACUGAAGGACGACGGCAAACGGGGAAACACAGGAGCUGAAGAACCGGCUCAAAAUAUUUCAAAAACUAUGGAAUCCUUUCUGUGAUCUGUCAACACGAACCAAUCAACUUUUCUUGAACUUUCUUCUUGUUUUAAACACAUCAAAUGGAUCUAAGAAAAAAGUAAAAUUGAAAUAAAUACGAAGCUGCUUCAGCCAUACGACAGAAACAAGUCAACAACGUGGGGAGGAAGGAGCUAACGCUAACGUCCGACCGCAGGUGAACUGAACCAGUAUGUUUGUGCAUGAUCAGACAAACUGACGGCUCAGAAGAAGAAAAAUCCAUUAUUUUACCUGCAACUGUUAUUAGCCAAUGAGCUGAGAGCUGGUGUGUGACAGUGUUCCUGUGCUUGUGUGAUGUGGGAAGAUGGUCACAUACUGUGAAGAGUUAAAAAAGAAAAAAAAAAAGGCCUCUGGUUUGGCUGUCUGUGCAGCGCUCCAGUCACUCUCUCUCUCUCUCUCUCUCUCUCUCUCUCUUCUUCUGUCUUUCUGGCAUUUUCUCUCUGCCUGUACAAAUGCUUUUUAAGAAGGUCACAAUCAGCCGAGAGAAGGUUUUUUUUUUUUUUUUUUUCUGAGGUUAGAAAUGUAAAUAUAAUAAUAGGAGUUGAACUAGCGCCGCAGCUCCACUCCAUCUGAAUGUCACCGUCUAGGCUCCCGACGGCGCCCUCCUCCUGUUGAUUUAUACUAUAGAACAAUGUAGUUAUGAUUUAAGGUCUAAUUUUAAUCGAGAAAAAAAAGGGGUUAUUUAAGUGUGCUUUUACCUUUAAUAAUGGCCAUGUCCGAGAAGGAAAAAAUGGCCACGAGUACCGUUAAAAACUGUUAGCGCAUCGAUCGCCGUUGCAUUAAUAUCUAGAGUUAAUAUUCCGUCUGUUUUUAUCUGUGGGAUCCUGUGGUCCAGUUUUUCACCGUGGUUCUGUGGUCAGUAGUGGUCAUAGACGUUCACGCCGCUUCUGUCGUCACUCUCCUAUUGGUUUACUAACAGUUUUGCUCAUCCCAGUGUGUUUUGAGCGCCACCUACUGGCUGGGCAGUGGAACAAUCGAAAAAUUCCUCAAGGGCUUUAUAAGAAAGAACCACUAAGACCCAUCCGUGAGCUCUGAUUUAGGAUUCUGCGUCUGGAGUGAUAGUCUUAGACGUGAACAUCGCUGGUGUAGGUUUGAGGUUUGACUUCUACGUAAUUCACAUCGCUUCUUUUCACUAGUCUAAUUCCAAGUCAAACACUACUCCUAUUAUUCCUCUUUUUUUAAUCCGUGUGUAGACCGGCAAAUGUUCAAAGAACGUUGCUAAGUUGUGUGGAGUCACUACUGUUGGUGAAAGAAAAAGAAGUUGUAUCUCGAUUCACUGAUCAAAAUGAAAUGAAAACUCUGGACCUCUCCACGUCGGCCUCAGAAGUAGACCAGGUUAGAACCAAAGCUAAGACCGACCCAGAUCUGCCAACAUUUCCACUGGUACCACCUGGUUUCUUUAAUGACUUAUCAUUGUGGAGUCUGAGCUCUGAUUGGUCGAUCCGAGAUCUUUUCCCUGGUCUAAUUCUAGUAACACUGUUUUGGGGAGUCUGGCCGACUGGUUGCUGGCUUUUGUUAACACAUCACAUAUGGUGACAAAACUAAAAGACAAAAACAACAAUAAUAACAGGCCAGAACUGGUCAGCCUGAAGGGGAGGAGUCGGAUUAUUACACCAAAAAUCUUCAUACCAUCAUUUCAGUUGGCCGCUGGGACUGUUCUUACAAUGAGCUUAAUUUAGACUGUUUGGCUUCUCCUCUAGCUGGUUCCCCCCCCGGGGGGCCAUUGAAAUAAUGAGUCCAUUUGUCCAAUGAGCUCAUGCUAAUUAGCACGGCAGUCAUUUUGAUGAACAGUGGCUAAAUGUUCAUUAUCGAGCACAAACUAGUGAGAGUUUUUUUGGGGGGGGUUUAUCUGCCCCAACUGAUUUAAAAACUAAUUCUAAGUAGAUUUACUCCCACGGUUUGUCGUGGUGUUGUUGUUGUUGUUGUUUUCUUUUUCUUUCUUCUUUUUCGGCUGUCUUUCUCCUGCCUGGCAGCUCCGUCUCCAACAUCCUUUGUCCAAUAUGUCUCCUCCACCACGUCCUGUCCAACCCAGUCUGUCCCUUUUCCACUGUCUUCAUGUUGGACAGGCCGUUGACUCCAGAUAUUGAAACAACUCCAUCUUCACUACCUCUACUGUUUUUCGUCUAGGCUAAAAAAAAGAAUUACUUAACAAUUUAAGGCAAGUUUAGGAACAUUUUACUAUAAACACUAUAAAAAGCCACUGACAACGACGUCACGUGAAACAAACGUUGUUAUUAUGACAAAAAUCUUUCCCAAUCGUGUGUCCACAAAAAUGUGUAGCGCAUGAAUCCCGAUCCCUACAUGUAUAUUAGGGAUGUCCCAUAUGAACUUUUUGCCGAUAUUGUCCAAACACUUUUUCGUUAUCAAAAAAACGAUAACGAUUCUUACAUAAUUAUGCCAAUAUCGGCCGUUAAUAUCAGUUGGCCGAUAUUGUCGACAUCCCUAUAAAUCUGUGCGUGACUGUGUGUGACUAGCGCAAAGGUUUACACUAUAGACUGUUAACUCUUUGUUCGACUUAAUCAACAGAGACUGAAGUCGUUCGUUAACCUAAAUGUCUUCGUUAGCGUUCAAAGGUCCAUUGUUCAAAUGGCACAACACUGUAUGCAUCGGAAUUGGCCAGAGAUUUCCUGCUGGUAUUGUGUUUUUUAAACUUGUCGGGUUUUUUUUUUUUUAACCAUUAUUGAAAAAGUCUUCUGUUCGUUGGGUUGUUUGGACAUUCAGUGACUUCAGUUGUUCUUGGUUUUUCAGUCUUAUAAAACCCUGUGAGGGUAGAGUAGGGUUCGGAUUAGCCGUCAGUUGUUUGAGCUUAAAAAAAAAUUGGGACGGUCUCCAAAAAGGCCACUCCAGAACCAAAACAUGUCAGUAGGUGGUGCUAGCCUGAUGUCCAGCACUGCGCUUCGUGCACUAAAAUUUGACCAAACUCGCAGUUUUGUGCUGCUGCAAAGUCUUUAAACAGAGGCAGUUUUGAGCAGAAAACAAACAAAAAAAGAAAUCGCUGCAGUUGCCAAAAUCUGCACAAUGUGAAGGCCUUGGAGUGGCAGUUUACCCCUGUUUUUGCCAAAGGGAAAUGUUUUUAUCUGAAUUUUGCAGUCCAAACAACAUAGGGUUUUAUAACCAGUAAAUCUUAGAAACAAAAAUUUAAAAAAAAAUCAUAUAUCACUACAACAACAACAACAAAAAAAAGAUUUAGAAAGACACCUUGAUAUUGUUAACAUUCUCUUGAAUCUUUCUAUUUGAAUUUAUAUGAGAUUGUCUCUUCACUGGCAUGGAGCUGAAGGUUUAUACACUGUAAAGAACAAUAUAUAUAUAACGCUAGCUUGCGCAAAACAAAGAAAAGAAAAUGUAGAAGCCGUUUGCGUCAGUUGUUUUUUUAGUUGUUUUUUUUUUGAGUAGUUCUAACAGGGUACUUUUGUCUUUGGUCAAACUACACCGUGUUGGAUUUACUACGUAGCGAAAGCCUGCUGCUUGAAUUGACAGAGAGAAUUUUGUGGAGGGAAGCAACUCUGGUUCGUUGACUUGGCGUUAGUUACAGGAGCUAACGUUUUAGCUCAUAUCAAUGUUAGCUCAUUUUUGUACCGCGUCUCUCGUUUUACUUUGUCUUAAAAGCUAAUCUGAUGUAAUGUUAACGGCAGAUUAGCCACAGCCACUGUUUAAAAAGCUGAUGCUAAUGCUAAUAUCCCUUGGUCUGAACCAAGUUUGGAAGCUAAACAACUUAGCCACCGGUUGCAUGUUAACUUAGCCACAGUCAGUUUGUUUUUCCUGUAGAACUAUAACAGUAGACAGAUCAAGAAGUUUCAUCAAUUCCUGCAGAAUUAAUAGUCUUAAUAAUUAGUUCCAGACUGUUUUCGAUCAAAUAUGAUGUCAGAAAACUAACAUUUAGCCUAAAGAGUCGAGGCUUGUCUUAAUGUGACAUCAUGUGCCUAGGUUUAGCUACCAGACUUGGUUUAGAAAGGGUCGAAGGAAAGACAUCGGCCAUCGCUGUACUUAAAGCAAGGAGGAAAAAAAAAAAGUUCUGUGGUUGGAGUUCGAAGAAGGUUUGAAAGUGAAGGAACAGCUUUGCACUGGUUCUGUUUUUGUUUGUUUUUUUAGGUUCAGGUGAAAUGGCUGCUCUGUUGUUUCAUUGAUGUAAAACAGUGACAGAAAUGUUUUGGAGUUUGUUAAAAGGGGUGUUUUGUUUUUUGGACUCUGAUGUACACAAUGAUGAGGUCGUACAAAAAACAAAACAACAACAACCGUGAUGUUGAAUCAGUGGUGUCGCUGUCGGCCACUGUGCUGUGGUUGACUUGCGUUGCCUCGUUGCUGACUGUCUGACAGACUGAGGAGCGACAGCUGACAGACAGACAGUCACACAGACUUGAACUGAAGGAAGGACAAAAGCCACCACUCCUGGUACGACGCUGGGUGACAUCACACUGGGACGUGGAGAAACAAACACUACCAGAGCUCUUCUCUACACUUGAGGUGACAAAGAACAAAAAAAAUAAAAAA